UGUCAGAAUCACCCAUGCCUCCAAUAAACGGCAGGGCAUAAAGCUGUCCCAUGAACCCCUCAUCUCCAUACUAAACCCUCUGUUAACGGGCCGAGCCGCGCGCUCGGCGAAAUGACUACUAAUCAUUCCAUCUACCGAGGAUGACCGAACCUGGACCUCUAUAUCAACCCACGGCGUCUCGAGGUGCCUUUGAAUAAUAUCUAGCUAUAUUUAAUACACAAAGCUUGGUUUAUUCAAUUGACUGCCAUCAUGACUACUCGGUCUCCCAACCCCGUCGCCCUAGUCGUGGGCGCCUCUCGAGGCAUUGGCCGCCAGAUUGCUAUCGACCUCGCGAAGAACGGAUACACCGUAAUCAUAGCCGCCAAAUCCGCCACCUCGCCAGAUCCCACAGCAUCCUUCCCACCAGACCCUAACUCCCCCGCCUCCACCAUCCACACCGUCGCCCGCGAAAUCACCCUCGCUGGUGGCACCGCCCACCCCAUCCAAGUCGAUGUGCGCGACCCCACCCAGGUCGAUAACCUGGUGAACGAGACUGUACGGAUCAGCGGUGGUCGGCUGGAUGUUCUGGUCUACAAUUCUGGUGCGAUAUGGUGGUCGUCUGUUGCCAAUACGCCUCUCAAGAGGUUCCAGCUGAUGCAGCGGGUUAAUCCGGAGGGUCUGUAUGCGACAAUCAUGGCGGCGUUGCCGGUAUUUGAGAAGAACGGGUGGAAGGGGAGAAUUGUGGUGGUCUCGCCGCCGAUUUAUUCGAGGUUUUUCAGGGGAAAGACGGCUUAUGCUAUGGGCAAGGUCGGGAUGAGUGUGCUCACUCGUGGCUUGGCUAUGGAUUGGGUGAGAGAGGGCAAGUCGGAUAUGGCUAUUACUAGUAUUUGGCCUGCUGCGGCUGUUGAAAGCGCAGCAACGGAGAUGAAUCCUGCAAACAAUGGCGAUUCGCGAAAGGCUGAUUUGAGGAAGCCGACAAUCUUCUCUGACGCAAUUCUCGGGAUCUUAAACACCCCAGCACACGUCGUGAACGGACUUCUAGCUCUCGAUGAGGACUUCCUUCGUGAUUACUGCGGGGUGACCGAUUUCUCCAAGUACUCCGUCAUCCCCGGAAGCAAUCCAAGACGCAUGAUGCCGAAAGAGAUGCCCGUGCUAGAAGUCGCAGAGCAGGACGACGAGGGAGUGAGGAUGGACAGUAGCAAAGGGAAGGGAGAAGCGAAGCUGUAACGCCC